CCGAUAAGCAUCUCUAGUGUACGUGCAAAUUUUAUAAACCCUACUCCUGCUCAUUUCGUCGCCUUCAAAUUUCUAAAACCCUAAUUUUAUAAUUUCGCACCCUCAAGCUGCAAAUUCCCAUAGUCUGCAAUGGGGAAAGUUAAGGGAAAGCAUAGAUUAGACAAAUUCUACCACCUUGCUAAAGAACAAGGUUACAGAUCUCGAGCUGCUUACAAAUUAACUCAAUUAGACUCCAAAUACUCGGUCCUCCAUUCGUCUCGUUCAAUCCUCGAUCUCUGCGCCGCACCUGGUGGUUGGAUGCAAGUCGCCGUCAAUAAGGCUCCUGUUGGUUCCCUUGUUGUGGGCAUUGAUCUCUUCCCAAUUCGCCCAAUUCGUGGUUGCAUUUCGGUUCAGGAAGAUAUUACUAAACCCAAAUGUCGAACAACUAUUAAGAAGCUCCUUUCUGAAAAUGGUUUCAAAGCAUUUGAUCUUGUUUUGCAUGAUGGGUCUCCUAAUGUUGGUGGUGCUUGGGCUCAGGAAGCUACUAGUCAGAAUGCUUUGGUUAUUGAUUCUGUUAAACUUGCCACUGAAUUCUUGGCUCCUAAGGGCACUUUUCUCACUAAGGUUUUCAGGUCACAGGAUUAUAAUGCCGUACUUUACUGUCUUAGACAGUUAUUUGAGAAGGUGGAGGUAACUAAACCUGUUGCCAGUCGAUCAACAUCUGCCGAAAUUUAUGUCAUUGGUUUUAGGUAUAAGGCCCCAGCAAAGAUCGACCCUCGCCUUCUGGAUAUCAAGCAUCUGUUUCAGGGUGCUGUUGAUCCUCCUAAGGUGCAUAAUGUUAUCGAUGGCAAACAAAAGAAAAAUCGUGAGGGGUAUGAUGAAGGACAAACCUUAGUGAGAGAAAUCUGUCCUGCUGCCAAAUUUGUGUGGUCGUCUGAGCCACCUGACGAGUUUCUUUGCAAAGUAACCUCCCUUAGCUUUGAUGAUUCAGACAGUUUGCCUUUGAAGGAUCAUCCUUUGACUACUAAUGAGAUUAUAAUUCUAUGUGAAGACUUGCGUGUACUGGGAAAGCAAGACUUCAAGCAGCUUUUGAAGUGGAGGAUAAAUAUAAAGAAGGCUCUUUCUCAAGUUGAGAAAACUACAUCUGAUUGCUUAAACAAUAAUCAGGAGAAUGAAAAGGAAGACAAAGAAGAUGGGGAUGGGGAUGACGAUGAGGAUGAUGGUGAGAAACUCCUUGAUGAAAUGGAGGACCUGAAGCGUGAUGUGGAGAGAAAGAAGAAACGUGAAAAGAAAGUUCUUGCAAAGAGAUUGGCUAAGGAUAAAGCACGGAAGGCUACAGGAAUGCAAAUAGAUGCUAUGCAGGAUGGUUAUGUUGACAAUGAAUUGUUUUCUCUUGCUUCUAUUAAGGGAAAGGGGGACCUAGCAACAGUUGAUGCCACAGAAGAUGUUGAGGGUGGCGAAUUGAUUGGUAGUGAUGAUGAUGCAGACAAUGAAGCGGACAAUGACAGUGAUGAAGAUGAUUUGGAUUCUGAUGAAGAGCGUACAAGGUAUGAUGAACAGGUUGAGAAGACCAUUGAUGAAACUUAUGAACGUUAUGUUGCCAAGACAAGUGGAAGUACAAAGCAGAGGAAACGUGCUAAGGAAGUCUAUUCUGACGUGCUCUUGGAAGGUAAUGGCGAGGAUGAUAUUGACAUGAAUGAACCGGAAGAUGAUUCUGACAGAGACCAGGGUGAUGAGGAAGCUAAUCCUCUUGUUGUUCCGAUAGACAAGGAUAGAGAACUUACCCAAGAAGAAAUCAAGCAGAUGUGGUUCAGCCAUGAUAUUUUCAACGAAGAUAUAGACAAGGGAGACAAGGGACAAAAUAGUGAUGAUGAUGAAAUGCAGAUUGAUGUACACCAGCAGAAACUCUCCCUCCCAAAGUCGAUCAAAGCUAAAGAAGUCUCAAAUUCACACGCUUUGGGCUCACAAACUACUCAAAACAGGUCGGAUAAGAUUAAAGAUGAUUUGGAGGUUGUGCCUGCUCCUGUUACAGAUUCAAGUGAGAGCUCUUCUGAUGACGAUUCUGAGGGAUAUGAUACUGACACCAAGUGUGAAGUAUUGGCUCUUGCAAAGAAAAUGCUCAAGAAGAGAAAAAGAGAAGAGUUGUUAGAUGACGGUUACAACAAACGUACAUUUGAUGAUCAGCACUUGUUACCUAUGUGGUUUGUUGAAGACGAGAGAAGACAUAACCACCCAUUAAAACCCGUCACAAAAGAAGAGAUAGCGGCAGAAAGAGCCCGAUUCAAAGAGAUCAAUGCACGCCCUGCCAAGAAGGUUGCGGAAGCUAAAGCCAGAAAGAAGAGGGUCGCAAUGAGGAACCUGGAGAAGAUAAGAAAGAAGGCUAACACAAUUGUCGAGCAGAAUGAUAUCAAUGAUCGUUCUAAGAGACGUAUGAUUGAUCAACUGUACAAGAAAGCAGCAACACCCAGGAAACCUAAGAAGGAAUUAGUUGUUGCUAAAAAAGGAGUACACGUUAAGGCAGGGAAAGGUAAAGUACUUGUUGAUAGGAGAAUGAAGAAGGAUGCAAGGCAGCAAGGGAUGAAAAAAAAGCAAGGUAAGAAAGGCAGAGGAAAGGAUUCUGCAAAACGGUCUGGUAAGAAGGGAAAUAAGGUUAAAGUAUGAGCUAAGAGGCUUUUUGCUUAAAAAAUGUUUUUUAGCUUUUAUCAGUUUUGAGUUACCUAAAUUAUUUAAUGUAAAAUUUAGAUAUUACUUCAAAUUUUGCUUAUUCGUUUCCGCAGUUCUAAGCUUGAAUAUUAAAUAUUCGUAAGAGCUGUA